UUCGCCAGUGAGUUCUGUCGCUGGUUUGGAAAGAAACCGCAGUUACUUAAUAAUCACGGAUAAGUGAAAUGUUUUGAUUUUCUAAGGCCAACAGUAAAAUGGCAUGUUUUCUGUCAACAAUAACGAUGCUUUUUAAAAAUGAAUAGCAAAUGCAUUUUUUUUUCGAGAGACCGUUUUCAAACUGGUACAACUUUGUAUAUUAUUUUGCGAAGAGCAGCAUGCCUUCUAAUACUCUGCCAUGCAAACAUUGAAUCAUUCUUCCUUAACCUCGUGUUAAUUGGAAUUUAAUGACUGUAACGUUAUACAUUAGAUUUGCUUUUUUUUUCUCUAAGAACGAUCAAGUUCACGUUUAAAUUAAAUAUGAUCAAUUUCAGAUUUCCUGGCAGUGUAUAUGCGCUGCUGAAUGAUUAUUUUAAAACACUGAUGCAGGUCGGCACAAUGCUACUGCAAAUAACUGCAAUUUCAUCUAUACAGCGGCGUAAUCGAUGCAUUGCAGAUUUCUUCUUUGUCAGUGAUGAAUAUUUCAUGAUAAUUUCAUAUCGCCUAAACGGAGCAGUUUUGAUACAUAACUGAUCCUGUACUUCCCGAUGAAGAUCUAAAAUAGAAAGGGAAAGCGCCAAGCGCUUUGGGAUACGCAUUUGAAGCUUAUAUAUUCCGCCAUGUGCAAGACAAAGAAAUUACUUGAAAGCACAAGGCCUCGGUUAUGAUCAUUACAUGGCGCCUCGGCGCGUAAAUUUGUGUUGUUCUUCGAAACAGCGACCUCGGCGGAGUGUAGUGGAAGCGCUGCUCGGUCGGCGGCUCCUGCCUCUGCAGGAAACUAGACUAAACACAGAAAGCAGACUUGUCCCAUUAUAUUGGCUGUUUAGACGAGACAAACAGAAGCUUUAAUCUAAGCAAAGCAAGUAAACAAACACUAUGGCUCUCCAUUCUGUUGGUCUAGUGAUUUGAGUUGACCAUCCGAUUGGAAUUACUUAAUUUAAAAUCUAUGAAUCGAGAUGAUUGCACAACGUAAACCUUGUCACAGGAUAAAUUCUGUGCUCAUUUAUGAAUGCAACACUAAAUUAAUUUCACAUAACAUAUAUAAUAUAAAUAUGGAUUGUCGUCUUGCUAUGUUGUACUAAGUACAGCAGAUUCGCUGAGAAUCUUUUAGUAGGAAUUGUUUUUACAUGCAUCUUCCUAUAUACCCGUGUAACUGAAAUUACAGUUGUAAAUAAUCCACAUUUAAUUCGAACAAAAUAAAUAGCACAUUUGCAAUAUUAAAUCAUAUCAUCCUCUUUGUUAGGUAUAUCACUGCAUGGCGUACUGUAGAAGGAUACUUUACGUGAGUUAAAAACAUUUGUCUCGAUUUUUUUUCUUCAGCAUGAUACAAAAGGAUAUCUUCGGGAAAAUGUUGGCUGUUGUGCAUUCGAGGCGUGAUGUUAUCCUAAUAUGAUUGCAGAAGCUGAAAGCUGUCUUCGGCAUGGUUUAAAGAUUCACAAAAAAAAGCACAGUCAAGUUUGUGCUGUUCAAAACAUCACUGCUGACAGUGGCCAGGCCCUCUUUAAAAGGCAGUUCAGCACAGACCUUUAGCCAAACGCCUUUCCUUUCAUUUGCGGAGUAUUGUAAUUCGAUACACUUUGGCAAGAAAUCGGAAAUAUUUCUUUAGUUGUUACAUUUUUGAGUAAAUUGUGGAUUGUGGUUUUAUUUAGAUAUUAUUAAUGAAGAACAGCCUUUCUCAAUUUAAACACACAAUAAUGUGAGUUCGUGCGCUUCCUUCCUGUUAUGUUUUCACAAAUAUAAUGGUAACAUUAAAAAAAUUACACUUUAAAUAUCAUUCGGCAUUCACUAAGAAUUUUAUUGUUUACCGGUUGCCCGCAAAAUUGUCUCGAGGCUUAUAUGAUUUAUUGGCUUUGUAAAAAAAGAAAGGAGCCACAGUAGUUUUGUACUUCCCUUUUUAAUCUCAAAUUAGAGGUUUGGCAUUGAAAAGCCGGUGUAUGCGGUCCAUUUGCACACUUGUAAAUGGAGUAUUUCAUUUCGAACCAAUGCGGGUGAACCAGAAAGCGUUUCAACCUUUCGUAAGCAACCAACAUCCAACAUAACACUUGGUAUUUGAGAUAUUCUUCAGUCACGAUUUUACUGAAACUAAACCCUUGAAUGUGGCUACGGGACCGGCUCGGCUAGAUUUGAACCCUCUCGUGCAGAUGCCUGCAGGAUUUAGUUAGUCUUAUUUUAUGUUUUACAUAUAUCUUGUAAAUCUUUGCCAAAUUAUACGCUAUACGCCAAUUAGACUCGAAAAUGAUGAAAGCACUUUGAACACGCGUCGUCAUAGCAUUCUGCAAGCCCACAAAUUGGCUUUGCAACUUCACACAGAUGUUAUCUGAACGGAAGUAAAGGCGUCAGCAGUUAAAUUUUAUUCUAAACGAUACAAUGAGAAUGCCAGAAAAUUUCACCUAUCGAAUGUGGUCUCUGACUUGAACCGUUCGCUUUGAGCCCAGGCUUAAAUACAACUACAUUUACAAGAGAGGAACUGCCCUUCUAAACGUUGCGCAGUUUCGGAGCGCCUUAACUUCAGUUUGUAAAUAUAGAAUCUAUAUUUGAGUCCUAAUUUCAGGCCAUCUGCACAGGAAACACAAAACGGUUUCUUUCUGAGGCUCAACACUGGACUUGAAUGGUUCUCGAUUUUGCUCUAGACCUUAGCACUCCGCCAGAGACGCUGUAACACUCCGCUGACCAGAUAGUCAAUGCUGGCUCAAAGGCGACAGAAUGAAUCUCCCCUUCUCCAUAAGGAAUGCACGGAAAUCUAAAGAAAGUUUGGGAUAUAGAGGACCCAAACACCGAGGAAAGGAAAUUGUAUUUCAGUUAACCGUAAAGAUUUUGAAAUAAGGGUACAUACAGCCAGCGGAUGUUGGAAGAGGAGGUGUGGGGUGGGGGUGGAUGGUGGUGUUGGGAAGCUGCAGCAAGCGGUUCACGACCGUCGCCAGCACUUUGGUCUAAUGUAGGUUAAAAAAAAAUGUCUUUGUUUUAUGGAUAUUCCUAUGUUGUGUGAUCCACGAAGCAGCUCAACAACUUCACGAUAGUUUUUGAAGAUUGGGGCUUUUAUUUAACACAGUUGCUUCCGUCGAGAUGCACCAGGCGCUUGCGGUGUCAUUGCCGAGAAUGUCGACAUCAGGGACUAUCAGCAAUUAUUAUGUCGACUCUCUUAUCAUGCAUGAGAACGAGGAGCUGCUGUCGUCCAGAUACGUCUCGGGUCCACUGGCUCAGUCUUCCAGACAGACAGCUCUUGCUGAGCACCCCGACUUCUCCCCAUGUAACUUCCAGUCCAAAGCCAACGUGUUCAGCACCUCCUGGAGCCCCGUUCAUGCGCAGAGCUCUGCCAAUAUGCCCACUGUUUAUCACCCAUACAUGCACCAGGCGCCCAUUGCCGCCGCGCCCGAUGGUAGGUACAUGCGCUCCUGGCUAGAACCCAUGCCGGGAACCCUGUCUUUCACCGGGUUACCUUCCAGUAGACACUACGGCAUCAAACCCGAGCCUGUAGCUGCGCGCAGGAGUGACUGCACCACGUUUGAAACACACACGUUAGCCCUCUCAGAUUAUACGUGUGGACCUUCUCCUGUCGACAAACGUGUGAGCGAGGUUUCCUUCACUGAAAAUAAUGGAGAGAUUGAGUCAAACGCAGAUAAGCUACACAUGGAUCCAAAUAACCCUUCCGCCAAUUGGCUGCAUGCAAGAUCUACCAGAAAGAAACGUUGCCCCUACACCAAGCAUCAGACCUUGGAGCUGGAGAAGGAAUUCUUGUUUAAUAUGUACCUCACACGAGACCGCAGAUAUGAGGUCGCCAGAGUCCUUAAUCUCACCGAACGGCAAGUUAAAAUCUGGUUUCAGAACAGGAGGAUGAAGAUGAAAAAAAUCAACAAGGAACGACCUAAAGACGACCGGUGACACGAAUUAGAAUAUUUCUCUGUGUGUGAGAGAGAGAGAGAGAAAAAAAGACUAAUUCACAAUUACAAUCGAGUUAGGCCCUGCUUCAGAAAGACUAUGUGUACAUUUUGUCAUCCCAUUAGCACAAUUUAUUCCUUUGCCCGUUCUGAACUGCAUUUGGUGGGUAAAAAGACUGAUACACUUGUUAGUUGGGAACCAAAGAGGGAGACAUUUACGGCAAGGUUAAGUAUGUGGCUACGGAAUCUACCUUACUUUACAUGAAAACUACCUUUUCUUAAUCCACGACUAUUCAGUGUGGACAGUAAUUCAGUAAUACUGUACUCGUUUAAUAUUUACUUGUUUUACAUGCAGCAAACGAGGCUGCUUAUAUACUUGAAUCCUUGUGUCUGUUGUCGUGAUUAUCCCUGUGACUGGGCCUUUGUGCUUGGGCGGUGUCCGAGUCAAGAUCGUGUAAACAAAAAAAGGAAUAUCUCAAUUUAACUCAGGAUGUUUAAUAUAAAGAGAACAGGCUGUGUAGUGCAUAUGAAAUGUUAUUUUCGUGGUGAACUUGGAACAUAUAUUGUAUUAUUUUCACUGUGAAUGAACCUGUAGAAACUCCAGGCUUUAGCCGUCUUUGUGAGACUGAGUAACGGCCUUGCCCGGGGUGCAUGACGAUUGUGUUGUUCUUCAGAAAUUAUAUGAAACUGAUUUGCAUAGAAUGCUAAUAUAAGUUGUAUUUCAAAGAGCAGCGCUGAGCAUAAUGCUACACGAUACUCUUGUCUGUUGUGAGAAAAGCACGAAUAAAGUUCUCAGACACUUUGUAUUUAUCGGUGUUGUGGUGCAAAGAAAAGUGUAAGAUUUGGUUUAAAACUACCUAUAUGUAUAACUAGUAACUACCUAUGUUUUGUGUGUAAAUGUCACCCUUAAAAUUGUUUUGACACAUUUAUGCGAUGGAAUAAAUAAACAAACAACAUUGUCAAUAAAUGUAAUGUGUACAAGUAAAAUGCCUGGGUGCAAUAGAAAUAACAUAUACCACCAACGUGUUUUAGCUGGGGAGGGGGGGGGGUCGUCUUGAAAACUGUAGAGCAACACAUUUACACUUGUGUACACGUUUGAAAUGAUUACCUCGUGUCAUAUUGACCAAACAAUACUGUUUGUAAUGAAAUGUCAUUUUAUUUGUUGUCUAAUAAAAUAUAUGUUUGACUACAUAUAAAA